AAAAUACUAUAAAAGUGAUGUGUUACUUCCUUUGAGACAAAGCACAUACCUAACGUUGACAAACUUCUUAAAAUCAUGACAUAUAAUUCAAUUGGAGUUUUUCUGUUUGUAUUGCUUGCUGGAUCCAACGCUUCUGUCGAGCAUGAAAAUGACCUAACACAUGAUGGUACAUCAAGAAAGAUGGACGAUUCCGCCAUUGUGGCAAAGUUUAGACAACUAGAAAACCAGAUCAAACUUCUUGAAGAAAAACUUAGCACUGUAACAUCCAAACCGAUACCAGAUAACAGACAGAUCGCUUUCUCCGGUACACUCAGCCGAAGAAUUCCGAGGUCAGAAUUUGGACAGAUCGUAAAAUUUGAUGUUGUCACGACAAACAUAGGAAACGCCUAUGACGUAACAACAGGAAUUUUCCAGUGUCCAGUAUCUGGGUUAUAUCUGAUAUCAACCACCGUGCUUGGGGACAAGGACGCUUCUGCGAUUGUGGAAACUCGACAAAAUGGUAAACUGAUCGCAAGGCCGCACUCGGGAGAAGGCGGAUAUGGCCACAAAUCUGGGACAGAUACAACUGUCAUCCAUGCAAAUAAAGACGACAAAAUUUCAUCAAAAGUCAUAGGUGGCUGGACUGCUUUUCUCGACCAAUUUUCUAGGUUUACAGCAGUACUUUUGAAAACUGACUAAAAACAAACAGAUUUU